AUGUUGCUGCUUGUGUUUGUUCUGUUUCCUAUUUCAACUGUAGCUGAAGUUUGUAGCGACGAUCCUUUAAAUGAAAGAGUCAUUUUUACUUGUCGUGAACGAUGUUGUGGUUUAGCACGUCAAUGUCUACCUACGUGUUUAAAUGUUACAUGUGAAAGUUCAGAAGAUUGUGAUGGUUUGACUUGUUGUGAUCAUAAAUGUCAGAAAUCAUCACACUGCUCAACUAAGAAACCACCAAUGAUAGUGUGGUUAUCAGCUUGGUUGGCCUGUGUCGCGCUGGUUAUAGCUGUGUUAUUAGGAUUUUGCUGGUGUAUUAAAAAGAAGAGUGGGCCGUUAGAUCCAACAAUUUCCACUGAAAUAUCAGAUGCAUUUUUGGAUAAAGAUCGUUCUGAGAGCUUAACAACUAUUGUAACAUGGACAUCAAAAGAGACUAUUCUUGCUUAA